CCCCCAUCAAUCAAGAAUCCGAAAUAGCCCUCCAUAUCGCUCCACUCUCCAUUCUCCUUCCGUCCACGCAGUAAACCCUAGAUCCAUCAGAUCGUGGGCGACUACCGACUAGGGAUUAACGGUCUCAAUGAGGUCCGUCACCAGAGAAGAAGCCGAGGGAAUAUACAUGACCGCUUGGAUCGAUAUUCGUGGAAAUUCGGAUGAAAUUCGCAGGAUACCGCCGAGACAGAUCGUCCUGUACCCAGAUAUCUUCGAGAAAGUGUGGGGCUGGGAUCGGCUACUGCCACAAGACAUCGAGUGCUCGGGCUUUUAUUUUGAUUACCUCAAGGAGUAUCUGAGGCGCAAUCGCAUGGACUACGUCGCCGCUGCCGACGGCAAGCCUGAGGAGUGGCCGCCGCUCAAAGCCCCACCACCGGUGGAGGAUGUUCCCAAAUGCUUCCCGACUGGGAAGAAUGCCCUCACUGUUGCUGCCAGAUUCUGUCUGAAGAUGGAGCGGCAGUUCAUGUCGGUGUGGAAGAAUCGACCCAUACACAAUGUGGAACUCCUGAGCGAAAAGAUCCAGGAACGCGCCAGUCACCUCAUCCUCGUGGGGCGAGAAUUCUCUGAACCUGCUGCCGCCAGCUUGGUGUGUAUCGCCAACGAGGCCGCUUUGGCUUGUGAGCUGCUAAAACACGGGGCUAAAGCCAAUGACAAGGAGAUCAACUUAUGCAACUGCAUCCGCCAUUGCGCUCUGAGUCUUAUGUACAUUACAGGGCCGCAUUCAGAUGCCGCCGCCGCUGCAAUGGUGGGCGUUGCCAAGGAGGCCAGGAAGAUUCGUGAGUGGCUGAGGAAUAAUGUGAACGAACGUUAUCUCUUCAACUCCUACUCUCGAAGAUACGAGAUUUGUCUUUGCGAUGACAUCCGGGUUGCCACCUUUGAUCUUCUGAAGUAUAUACUGUUGAAUCCUACAGGGAACAAAGAACCGUUUGUGCUUAUGGAUUUUGCAAUAAAGAGGAACAAGAGUAAGAGACAAACGACCAUGGCAGGAACUUCAGAUAAAUAUUUAUCACAGUGCCCAGCCACAACUGAGGACAUGGAUUGGUGUGGCACAGUUUGUACUGGAAAUAUCCUUUGCAUCCACAAGCUGUCAGCCAAGAGGAUGGUGGCAUUUGAAGGCCAGAACACCGGCAGGAGAUUCUUUGGCUGCGCUGAGCGGGAAGGGAACAACUGUGGUGUUGUGGAUUGGGUGGAUCCAAAAUGGCCAGAUACACUGAAAAGGGCACUGAAGAAGCUUUGGUAUCUGUAUGAGCAGAACAAGAUAGACAAUCUUGCUAAAGUAGAGGAAUUAUCCAAGCUAGCGGAAGAAAAAAAGCAGCUAGAGGAGAAAUACCAUCUAAACAUUAAGCUUACCAAAGAUUUUUGUGAAUCUAUUGAGAAACAGGUCCACAGGGAGAAUGACCUGAAGAUUAUGAAGGAAAGUGGAGAGGAAAAGAUUGCACAGGAAGAGAGGGCUAAGCUUGAGAAGGAGAACAUGGAGCUGAAGAAACAGGUUGAUCUGCUGAAGCACAUUCAGGCUGCCCAGGCAGAAGUGAUCAGAAAUUGGAAAAAAGAUGCAGAUGAAGGUAUUGACGAGGGGAAGCAGGAGAAGAAAAAGCUAGAAUAUGCCAUUGUUGACCUACUGAAGGCUGGGAGGUGAACAAGAGCAAGAUUAAGAGGAUCAAGGCAAUCUGUGAUGAGUGAAUGUAAUAGGGCACUUGCCAUCUAUCUUCAUUGUUCAACUCUUAUGAUGAAAAAAAAGCUAGUUGUGAUGAACUAUUAUGCUUAAGACUCUAGCUGCUUAUGACCUGUUGAACUAUGUAUGCUUAAGACUUGAGAAUUAUGAUUUAGAUGUUUUAAUG